AUGUCGAAGCUCUAUGUGGGCAAUCUGCCGUCAGAUUGCAACGAGAGCACCCUCAGGCAGCUCUUCCAGGAGCACAGCCUGGCGUGCACCACGAUCCUGGUGAAGCGCGGCGGCUACGCCUUCGUCGAUUGCGCCGAUCAGUCCACGGCCGAUCGGGCGAUCGACAAGCUGAACGGAUACACUUACCUCGGAUCUUCGCUCGUGGUGGAGCCGUCAGUGGCCAGCGGAGCCAAGAAACGGGGUAGCGGCACCGCCCUACCAGAAUCUCCGGUCGACCAGGUCGGCAACGGAUGGAGUGCGCAAAGAAAACAACACAAUGGCCGACAUGCACAUUAUCUGUACGCCUUCGAUAAAAAUCCACGCAAGAAGCAACCAUUCCACGUCCCGAAAUAA